AUGAUGUCCGACCUGAGAAUAAAAAAGCUGCAGUUUGCUUUCAAAAAAUUCUUCGACGCCGACGAAUGUGGCGCCGUCGAAAAAAAAGACUUUGAGAAAACCUUGGAGAAGCUAGGAUGGAAGGAAACGGACGGCGAGGAGAUCAAGAACCAGAUAUGGGAUGGAUUUAAGGCAGCUGAUGUUGACGGUGAUGGACAAGUAUCCACCGAUGAGUGGAUCAAAAUGUGGGACCUCCAGGACACAGAGACCUUGCCUGAAUGGAACAACCUGUUCUGCAAGGUCUGCUUCCACAUCCUAGAUAAGACUGGUGAUGGUGUUAUAGACGAAGAGGAGUUUGUCAAUGUCCACGAAAUCUUCGGAGGCACGAAAGAAGAAGCCGUCAACGCUUUCCAGACGAUGGCGGAGGACAAGAGCAGUCUCAACUUUGAUGAGUUUUCACAACUUUUUAAAGAGUUCUUCCUGUCUGACGAUAUUGAUGACCCCGGGAACUACAUUUUUGGUACAUUGAAUUUUUUUACCGGAUAG